AUGGCCUUCGAUGGUCGGCGAUACGAAGUUGUAGAGGACGGCGAGGAAGUUGGGUCGGGACGCCACGGCCACCUGACUCGAGACGAAUACAUUGAAAAAAUUGUUUUGGUGAUUCAGAAAGGUCGAGGUAGAGAACUACCUGGUAUGUUCAACCCAAUGAUUGUUACGGAACUAUUCAAGGAACUCUCAUCGCCGUGGGGAAAGAUUGCCGAGGACCACGUCCUGGAAGUGUGGAAAGCGAUUCGGCUGUCGUUGAACCACCUCGUCACUCACGUCGCCGACUCCACUACGGUCAAGUCGAUCUUGGCCGGCGUCUUUGAGCCGCAUCUGGAUUCCUUGCUGAAGGUCCUGCGCGAAAGGCUCUCUGGGCUGCUGAAGCCACACCGAACCGGCCACCCCAUCACCUACAACCAGUACUUUACGGAAACUCUACAAAGCAUCCGCAAGGAGCGUGAAAAGUGCAGACUGGUCGCAUUGAUACAGGAGGAAUUUGGGGCGGUUUCUUUGGGAUCCAAAACCUCGAUCAGCAGAACGAUGGACUUUGGGCAGUUUCUUGAGCGACUGCUUGAUCCGCGGGAGGCAGAUAUGGAUCAUUUUGCCGCUUCUGACGCACUUGACUGCCUGGAUGCCUACUACAAGGUUGCUAUGAAGCGAUUUAUAGACGACGUCGCGGUCGAGGUCAUCGAGGCUUGUCUGUUGGGCAACCUAAGCGAAAUCAUGGAUCCGACGUCCAUUUUCACGAUGAAGGACGCUGUCAUCACCCAAAUUGCUGCAGAGACGGAAGAGAGUCGUGCGGCACGUGCGGAGCUCGAGACGAAGCUGAAAGUCCUCAGCAACGGAAGUGAAAUUUGCAAGACAUUUGCAGCACUCUAUGUCAAUGCCCUGGACAACGAAAACGAGAGCAGCGACAACACGACCGAUCGACUCAGUGAUACUGGAAGCGAACAGUCUGCCACUGGUUCUGUAGCAACAGCGGGGAGCGAUGUUGACCUAGCCGAUAGCUCUGCUCCUGAGGCUGUACUGGCUGAUGAUCUGAUCUAUGAGGCGGAGCAGGUAGUUGAGCAGCCACAUACCAAGUCGACUCCUGAAUCGGUGGAGGAUGUGUGGGGUGGCGUUUCAUCCAAGAGCAAGAAGGCUAAGAAAAAUCGGAAGAAAAGGGCAGUGUUUGAUGAACCAAAGCUCGUUUAG